CGAACCGCAACUCUUGGCGUUGGCACACAACAAUUACGACCAAUUCCGGUAUAUCAGAUUUGCGACGACUUCGACCUGUUCACUCUCUAUACCCCCCUACCAGCUCAAAUUAAAGACCUUCACAAUGGCCGCCGUCACCAACGUCUCCAACGACCUCGUCUGGUUGCUCACCCGCAACAGCAACUCCUUCCUUGUCAAGGGCCGUGGCGCUGAUAGACCCCAGCUCUCCCGUGACCCUCUGAACUUGCAGAACCAGCACUCUUACAAGUACGCUGGUUACGCCAACAGCAAGGCCAUUGGUGUUCAGGCUACCGAGAACGGUGGCGUUGCCGUCACCACCAAGAAGACCGGCGCCCCUCAGCAGCCCGCUAAGACCUUCGUUAACGUGAACUACGGCCCGAAGACUUCCACCCGCAAGAUCUACAAGGGUGUUGCCGACGCCACCGCUAAGAACGGCUACCGUGCUGACAUCCGUGAGGACGCUGUUGCCCGUGUCAGCGCCAUCCGCCGCACGCAGAAGUCUAAGAAGGAGACCCCCGCCAGGAAGCCCCGUGGUGCUCAGGCCAAGAAGGCCGCCGCUGAGAAGUCGGAGUAAAUUUGGAGAACGAAUGGUCUAUCGAGUUGUCCCGAGGCGGAAGGGUCAUAAAAAGGAUGGACGUCUUUCGAAAUAAUCAUGAAAGCGCCAUGCUGGGCCAGGGCAAAAGCGUCCAUGUAAUUUAGCAGUAAUGCUACCGAGUUCUUUCCCACCAGGAUCGAACAAAAACAAGAGAAAAAAUUAAAAAAAAAAUAGCUCAGAAGAAAAACCACAUGGAUAUGGAUAUCCGGAAGACGGCACUCUGAACAGGGAGAAUCGUCAUAAGCGCUAUUAUUUUGCCCUCAACUUACCUCGGGAAAAUAAUCAGCCUGGUUGACAUACAUACGUAGCUUACCGUCUCUUUAUCGAAUUUGCAGGCCGUUCGUCGGGCCGAAGGGAGAUACUUCUAGUGG